AUGAGGCUCUUGACACGCCUCGCCCUCGGCCUGCUCGGGCUCUCAGCAGUUGCCGUCGCCGAGGACCCCUCGACCCCGUCAGCCAUCGAGCUGCAGCCAACCAGCUUCAGGACUUUCAUCAAGGAGAACGAUGUGGUCAUGGCGGAGUUCUAUGCCCCCUGGUGUCGGCAUUGUCAGACCUUUGCUCCCAAGUAUGAGGCUGCCGCCAAAACCUUGAGGGAACAGAACAUCGAUGUCAAGCUCGCCAAGAUCGACUGCACCAGGUUUGCUACCUUUUGCCAGGAUUACAUGAUCAGGGCAUUCCCUACCCUCAAGAUCUUCAAGGAGGGCCGUGAGCUGUAUCACGAGUAUGAUGGCCCAAGGAGGUCUUCAGCCAUCGUCGACUUCGUGAAGAAGCAGGUCCUAGCCACCGUCAAUCCUCUUGCCACUAAAGACCUUCACGAUGCUUUCCUCCGAAAGGAGAAGGAAGAGAUCGUAUUGGUGGGCUACUUUGCUGCAGACGAUGUCGUUGCCAAGGGGGCGCUCUGGGCCGCUGCCGAGAAGCUCCACGAGGACUACCCUAUCGGCGUCACUUUCGACGCCGCGGCCGCAGCAGCAGCAGGUGUCAGCUUUCCCGCCAUUGUCAUGUAUGAGCCCAACGGCGAGGGCAAGGAGAUUUACCAGGGCGACAUCGAAGACAUCGAGGCCAUUAAGACCUUUGCCAAGAACACCUACACCCCUCUCAUCGGCGAGCUAGGCUUCAGCACCUGGCGCAAUUACGUCUCCGGCCACAACGGUCCCACGGCCUUCAUCUUUUCUCGUUCCGAUGACGACCGACGAGCCGUCGUCGACGAGCUGCGGCCCCUGGCCAAGAAGCUCAAGGGCAAGCUGACCUUCGCCACGGCUGAGACGCCCGACUUUGCCGGCUUCGCGGGCUACCUGCACCUCGAGAACGGCGCCGAGAAGGACUUCCCGGCCUUCGCCAUCUACGACGGCGCCAAGCGCGGCAAGUACCCAUACACCACCCAGGGCAGCACCAAGGACCUGUCGGCGGCCAACAUCGGCCGCUUCGCCGACGACUUCCUGGCCGGCCGCCUCAAGCCCAUGAUCAAGUCCGAGCCGAUCCCCGCCGUGCAGAACGGGCCCGUCACCACCGUCGUGGCCGACAGCUUCGAGAGCGUGGUCCUCGACAAGAGCAAGGAUGUCCUCCUGUACUACUUCCGCGAGGACUGCCCCUACUGCCAGGCCCUGGCGCCCGUCUACGACGCACUCGCGAACACGUACGGCAGCGGCUCGGCUGCGUCAAAUGUUGUCAUCGCCAAGAUGGACAUCAUGAAGAACGACCUGCCCGAGGACGUGCCCUACGUCCCGUGGGUGCGCCUCUACAGGGCUGACGACAAGGCGAACCCUCUCUCGUACGAGGGCCAGAGGACGCACAGCGACCUGGUCAAGUUUGUCACGGAGCACAGCCGUCACGGCGCUGACGCUGUCAUCCAGGACCAGCAGGUGGUGGAUGGCGGCGCGCAGCAGGUCCCCAUCGGAAAUGGGAACGAUUUGCACGAGAAGCCGCUGUCUGGUGUCACGCCGGUCAAGCAUAUCCAUGACGAGCUGUAG